UCCUGCUGCUGCCGCUACUCCCGCUGCUGCUAGGGUCCGCGAGCCGCCUCCGCGCAGCCCAGCGCUCGCCCGCGGCAGCCAGGCAGGCCCGCCUCCCUCCGGCCCCAUUCUACAUCCAAAAUGAUACCCUGUGGACCAGUUCUGUCAUUUGUUCGGUGUCUGUUGCGAAGAAAAAUUGUCACUGUGGACAGUCUUGAGGAUUCCAAGUUAUGCCGAUGUUUAUCCACUCUGGACCUUAUCGCUCUGGGAGUGGGAAGCACUCUUGGUGCUGGUGUUUAUGUACUUGCUGGAGAAGUCGCAAAAGCAGAUUCUGGACCUAGUAUUGUUAUUUCUUUCCUCAUUGCUGCCUUGGCAUCUGUGAUGGCAGGUCUUUGCUAUGCAGAGUUUGGUGCUCGUGUUCCCAAGACUGGUUCUGCAUAUUUGUAUACUUAUGUAACUGUUGGUGAACUGUGGGCUUUUAUCACUGGCUGGAAUCUCAUUUUAUCAUAUGUUAUAGGUACAUCCAGUGUAGCAAGAGCGUGGAGUGGCACCUUUGAUGAACUCCUUGGAAAACAAAUUGGCCAGUUUUUCAGAACCUACUUCAGAAUGGAUUUUUCUGGUCUAGCAGAGUAUCCAGACUUCUUUGCAGUAUGUCUGAUAUUGCUUCUGGCAGGUCUUCUGUCUUUUGGAGUAAAAGAAUCUGCAUGGGUGAAUAAGAUCUUCACUGCUGUUAACAUCUUGGUUCUCCUCUUUGUUAUGAUUUCUGGCUUUGUGAAAGGAGAUGCUAACAACUGGAAAAUAAGUGAAGAAUCUCUCAUAAACCUCACAACACAAACAGGAAAUUAUUCUUCCUAUAAGAACGUGACAAGCAUAUUUGGGGCCGGUGGUUUUAUGCCAUAUGGUUUUACAGGAACAUUGGCUGGUGCCGCAACAUGUUUUUAUGCCUUUGUGGGAUUUGAUUGCAUUGCAACAACUGGGGAAGAAGUCAGGAAUCCUCAGAAAGCUAUACCUAUUGGAAUUGUGACUUCCCUGCUUGUCUGUUUUAUGGCCUAUUUCGGUGUUUCAGCAGCUUUGACUCUUAUGAUGCCAUACUAUCUUCUAGAUGAGAAAAGUCCUCUUCCUGUAGCAUUUGAAUAUGUUGGAUGGGGUCCUGCAAAGUAUAUUGUAGCAGUGGGAUCCCUCUGUGCUUUGUCCACAAGUCUUCUUGGAUCCAUUUUCCCAAUGCCACGUGUAAUCUAUGCUAUGGCGGAAGAUGGGUUGCUUUUCAAAUGUCUAGCUCAAAUCAAUUCCAAAACGAAGACUCCAGUUAUUGCUACUUUGUCAUCGGGUGCAGUAGCAGCUAUAAUGGCAUUUCUUUUUGACCUAAAGGCUCUGGUGGAUAUGAUGUCUAUUGGUACACUUCUUGCUUACUCACUUGUAGCAGCCUGUGUUCUCAUCCUCAGGUACCAACCCAAUUUAACCUAUGAGCAACCAAAAUAUUCUCCAGAGAAAGAGGCUCUGACCGGAUCAGAAAGGGAAUCUCAAAUUAGUAUGCUUCAAGGGCACCACUUCAGUCUUCACACAUUGAUGAAUCCAUCCAGUUUGCCUACAGAGCAGUCUGCCACUACCGUUAGCUUUUUGGUGGGUCUAUUAGCUUUUCUGGUGUGUGGGUUGAGUGUUCUGACCACAUAUGGGAUUCAUUUUAUUGCUAAUAUGGAGCCUUGGAGCAUUGGUCUUCUUGCUGUGUUGGUAGUACUCUUCAUAGUCAUAGUUCUCACUAUGUGGAGGCAGCCUCAGAACCAGCAGAAAGUAGCCUUUAUGGUUCCAUUCUUGCCAUUUUUGCCAUCCUUCAGUAUCUUGGUGAAUAUUUACUUGAUGGUACAGUUAAGUGGAGAGACUUGGAUCAGAUUUAGCUUCUGGAUGGCUUUUGGCUUCUUUAUUUACUUUGCAUAUGGCAUCAGACACAGUCUUGAAGGUCAUCCUAGAGAUGAGGAAGAUGAAGAUACUUGCUCAGAAAAUAGUGGAAUACAGGAAAAGAACCCUGUAGAAGAAGCAGAUGAACAUACAAAUGAAAACGCUCAGUUUAUUACACAUGAAAGGACAAGUGAAUGUUAAUGUUGCAAACAACCUUAACGUGCAUGUCUCUUAAGUAGUAGUAAACUCUGACCGAAUGUAGUUGCUGAACGAAAUUGUCAAAAGGUAGCUGCCAGCAGAUUAACAGUAAUUUAUAUUUGUGCAUCUUGAAAGUGCCUACCACAAAGCGUGACUGACGUGUUGAACUAGCUGCUAAUACCUCUUGGAUACUUCAGCUCCAAUCACAUGAAGACGUUCUUCAGUGAAAAAUUGAUAUCCCAGGUGAAAACAUCAAGGAAGAUGAGAGGAAGGACAGACUUCCAAGGGGAUAACCGUACCUUUGCUAUGCUAAAAUUUGGGGGUGUUUUGGUUGCACAAUUAUAUACAAUUAAUUGGUGAUGACAAAGUAUAAAGAAUUUUAGGAUUGCUUACAAAAGAGGGCCCUGAACAUUUUACAUUUUAUGAAGAAAGCAACUGCUUUUCAUAUGUUCUCCUUAUCCCUAUUUGUUAAAAUACUUUGUCAUGGUCUGAUAGGGUAUAAUGAAUAACAAAGUGACGAUACUCUUUGAUCAUUAAAA